AUGGCGCUGAGUUACGAUUACGACGAGUCCAGCGAGACAUGGCCCUUUUUCCUGCUGACCAUUCUGCUGGUCUCGCUCGUUCCGCUGACCGCGGUCGAGGUUUACCAUCUGGUCUGGGCUCCGUCUGGUGAGGAUUCUCGCGGUGGUAAAGCUGCAGACGGUGGUCAAUUGCUUGCGUCCUUGAACGAUGAGUUCACGGAGAGCGAAAUAGUGCGGUUCCGGAAGAAAUUCCAGCGCAAGAGGAGUGUCUUGUUCAAGAAACGGACGCUGCUUUUGGUGAGUGGGUGGAUUUUGGUUGCGUACUUGGUGCAACGGAUCGGGGCGAGCGACGCCAUCAGGGAGUCUGCCAAGAUCAUGUUCGACCCGUACGAGCUGCUGGGCAUCUCGUCGAGUGCCUCGGACAAAGACAUCAAGUCCGCGUACAGGAAACUGUCGCUGAAAUUCCAUCCGGAUAAACUGCCCAAGGGGCUGUCCGAGGCGGAUAGGGAAGGGCUGGAGGCACAGUACGUACAGAUUACAAAGGCGUACGAGUCUCUCACGGAUGAACUCAUUAGAUUCAACUACUUGACGUACGGGCAUCCAGACGGCCCGCAGUCGGAAACGCACGGGAUCGCGCUGCCCAGCUUCCUUGUCGACGCGACGUCUUCGCCGAUUAUUGUCACACUGUACAUUCUUUCGUUUGUGCUCGUCUUACCAGUGAUUGUAUCCAAAUGGUGGAGCAAGACGCAGUCGUACACCAAGAAGGGGAUCGCCACCAAGACCGCAUCCUAUUUCGUUGAUAGAUUGGUUAACCAUAAACCUUCUGAGAUAGUCACUGUGGCACUGAUUUUGAAAUGGUUGUCCCAUGCGGAGGAAUUUAAACAGUUCUACCCAAAUCUGGACGCAGCCACUUUCGAAAAACUGUUGAACGAUCACCUUAACCGCAGGGAUAGUGGGGACCAGAAUGAAAUCAAGUACAGGAUCGUCGCGAAAUGCCACUCGUUGUUGUACGGCCUACUGGACGUCUCAACAGGGUUCAGAAACGUCGAGGUCGCCACCGUCACGCUAGACACCUUCAAGUGUAUUGUCCAGGCUGUCCCACACGUCACAGACGGUGAAAUAUUACAACUGCCAAACGUGAACAAGGCAGAAUACAAGAAAUCCGAUGCAAAUGUCCACACGUUGGGUAAACUGUUCACUCUGGACGAGACGAAAAUAGGCGGAACUUUAGGCAUAACUGACUCAACGCAUUUGAAACAGGCCAUUCAAGUCGCCUCCAACAUCCCAUUCCUCAGGUUACUGAAGGCAGACUUCAUAGUCCCCGGCGAAGAGUACGUCACUCCGAUGGCCGUUUGCUACAUUUCACUAAAAGUGCUGGUACGGUCCGCAAAGCAUAAAAUCAUCACCACAGAAAAGUUUCCAUCGGAAAGAUUUGAAGAAUCCCAAGAUUUCGAGGAUAUGAAGGACCCAUACGCAAGGGCCUCCAAACAACCAAUCAUGCCGUAUUCCUUUGCACCAAAGUUCCCCGUAAAGAGACGCAACGCAUGGUGCUGUCUAGUGGUCACUCAAAAGGACAACAAGAUCAUACAAUCACCAUUCGUCGUCGAAAGGUUUUCGCUGAAGAACUUAUCCAACGAGUUCGAUAAAUUAAAGGUCAAGGAUCUCGACGCAGAAUUCAACCCAGAAGACUGGGAGAUUGGCACCAUCAAUAUCCCACUGGGUACCCAGGCUCCACCAGCGAACGGCAAGUACUUCUUCAGAGUCAUCGUCAAGUCCACAGACUAUUUCGGGUCCGAUAUCGAUAUAACGAUGACGAUGAACGUCCGCGAUCCUCCUAAACUUGAGGUUGCAGAUGACGUGUACGAUGCGUCGGACUCCGAGAACGACGACGAUGAUGAAAACGACGACGAAUCGGACAGCAAUUACACCGAUAUAGACACAGACACGGAGGUCGAAGAGGAUGCCACAGGCUAA